ACGGCGGUCAUUAAACCUGUCCUUCCUCUUCCUUCAUCUCAGCUGGCCUGGUCUUUGCUGUCGCGUCCCCUUUCUUCUUCCUUUCCACUCUUUCAUCGACGUACAAAACCCCUGUUCAAGUUCUUGUGUCUGUCUGCGAUCACGAUGUUCAAUCCGGAGUCACUUUGCGGUCAUCAGCGCUUUGCGCUCAGCGGCUCGCCCUCGACCUGCGCCCUUGAUGUCGUUAUAGUACCGAUUCCGUCCAUCCUCUUCAUUCUCGGUUCCGGGGUGAUUCUCCUCAAGUCUGGAAGGUCCCUGUGGCACCCGCAGGUUGCCGGCGGCCUACCCAAGUGGCUCCAUAUUCUCUACGCAGCGCUCGUGUUCGCCGCGUUUGGCAUGGGCGUGUUGGAAAUCGCGCGGGACAUCGCUGCGGACUUUGGCGUCGGCUUGCUGCCUAUAGAUCUAAUUGCUGUAGCGUUCGCUUUCUUGCUGCUGGCUGUCAAAGGCCGCAGGAGGUCCUCAACGAUCAGCCUCCUGUUGGUCGUGUAUUGGGCGCUGUACGCCAUCGUAGCCGUAGUCAAGGUUGCUCGCCUGCACCUUCUGGAGACGGAGAACCCGACGACGAUGAAGAACUCGAACUACCCAAGCUCCGAUUUGUUCCUGGAUAACGCAGUCAUGCUCGGGUUGUACAUUUCCUUCACGAUAUUCGAGAUGACCCAGCUCUUCUUGGUACGAGGUAUUGAGGACAAGGUGAUCAAGUUUGGCGCCAUUCCGACCAAGGUCUAAGCCACUGGCAACUGUGUGCAAUCGGAUUCAUUGCACUCGCGACGCGCACGGCGUUCUCGAUUAUGGAUGGUUGUAUACUACUACUGGCCUGGUGUAUCAGUAUAAUAUUGUGUACGUGCUUGUAUGUCCAGGAGGAAUAUACGCUGCAGCAUGUGGAACAACC